AUGGGAAUUGAAACAGAAUCUAGAUAUGGUGAAUUGGCUAAAGUUGAUCCUUCUGUCAGUGUAGCUUGUGAAACUCAGGUUGGAUCUUUCUGCCUUUCAGAAUCUGGUGCUGGCAGUGAUGCAUUUGCUAUGAAAUCAUUUUUUGCAAAUUUGGAUCCAUCAAAGGGUUAUAAAGGUAUUACUUGUUUUGUUGUAGAUAAAGAAAUGGGCGUUGAAAUUGCAAAGAAAGAAUCCAAACUUGGUAUUAGAGCUUCUUCAACUUGUACAGUAAACUUUGAUGCAAUCAAGGUUCCUGAAGGAAAUGUAUUAGGAGAAGUAGGAAAAGGUUACAAGUAUGCUAUUGAGAUAUUGAAUGAGGGACGUAUUGGAAUAGCAGCUCAAAUGAUAGGGAUUGCACAAGGAGUGUAUGAUCACGCAUUACCUUAUUUAUUCCAAAGGGAACAAUUCGGUCAACUUAUUGGCAACUUUCAGGGAAUGCAAAUGCAAUAUGCACAAAUUGCAACUGAAAUCGAGGCUGCCAGAUUGCUAACAUAUAAUGCGGCUAGAAUGAAACAAGAAGGAAAAGCCUUUAUUAAAGAAGCUGCAAUGGCUAAAUUGUAUUCUUCUCAAAUAGCAGAAAAGGCUGCGUCUAAAUCUAUCGAGUGGAUGGGUGGUGUUGGAUUUACUACAGAAUUUCCAGUUGAGAAGUAUUACAGAGAUGCAAAAAUAGGUGCAAUUUAUGAGGGAACCUCAAACAUUCAAUUAAUCACAAUCGCCAAAGAAAUUAAAAAGAAAUAUACAUCAUAA